AUGUCAGACAGAAAUAUCAGUGAGCCUGUUUUCACCCUGUUGGGUUUCUCAGAAUACCCAGAACUUCAAAUCCCACUCUUCCUGAUGUUUCUGGCCAUCUACAGUGUCACAGUGGUAGGGAAUAUUGGAAUGAUUCUCAUCAUCAGAAUGAACCCCAAGCUGCACGCCCCCAUGUACUUUUUCCUCAGCCACCUCUCCUUCGUGGAUUUCUGCUAUUCCUCCACCAUUGCUCCCGAGAUGCUAGUGAACCUACUUGAAGAAGUCAAAACCAUUUCAUUUUCUGGAUGUAUAGUGCAGUACUAUUUCUUUGCCACCUUUGUGGUCACUGAAGCCUUUCUCUUAGCAGCCAUGGCCUUUGACCGCCUGGUGGCCAUCUGCCACCCUCUGCUCUACAAGGUCGUCAUGUCCCAGAAACUCUGCACCGUGCUGGUGGUGGGGUCAUACGCCUGGGGGGAGGCCUGCUCUUUGAUUCUCACGUGCUCCGUGCUGCAACUCUCUUUUCCGGAUUUCAGCACCAUCGAUCACUUUUUCUGUGAGUUCUCCUCCCUGCUCUCCAGCUCUUGCUCUGAUACCUCUGUCCACCAACUACUCUUGUUCACUCUUUCCACAGUCGAUGCUCUCAGCACUCUGUUAAUCAUUCUUUUCUCCUACAUGUUCAUUGCUUUUACCAUCCUCAAGAUGCGUUCAGCCAGCGGGUGUCGCAAAGCCUUCUCCACUUGCUCUGCGCACCUGACUGCCAUCACCAUCUUUUAUGGCACCAUCCUGUCCCUGUACUGUGUGCCCAACUCCCAAAACUCCAGAGCCACUGUCAAAGUGGCCUCUGUGUUUUACACAGUGGUGAUCCCCAUGCUGAACCCCCUGAUCUACAGCCUAAGAAAUAAGGACGUCAAGGAUACUCUGAAAAAACUCAUUGGUGACCAACUCCAUUUGCAUUCUAUUGUGACAGAAUAUCUUUCUCAAUUAUUUCCAGUAAAUUAUUGCUAG